CCGCCGCCCCUAGCCAGGCACUAGGCGAUGAUUCUCGGACAGUGCCAUACUUAAGCUGGGCAGCGCGGUAGCCAUAAGGGAAGGAGGGGGAGGAUUGUUGUUAUUAGUGAAAAACUUAAGUAUUGAUAAACUGCAUCAGAUCUCUGCGAGUGGCCCAGGCUUGUCGCUCGGUACGUGUUAGCCGGGUCUCGCCAUAGACACGGAGGAGUCAGUGCCCUUUACGCUGCAAUGAGUGGCAAUAACACUCACUUAACCAGCUCUGUGUCAUGGCACAUUAGUACCCAGCUACAGAGCCGGUGCGGUUGUGCUGCUGGGCACUGCUGUCAUUCCUGCCCAUAACCAACAUGGCUACUGAUAGAGCCGCCUCCAGUGACGUUAUCAGUGUGCUGCACAUAGUGCCUCAUUUUUAUGCGCCGCCGCUACAAACUAUUAAGGUUGCAUGGUGGAAGAUGGCGGCAGCAGGGGCGCAGGGUGUGCAGCAGGUUCGGUCUGGAGAGUUGCUGGAAGUGGGCUCGUCUGCAGGCCUCUACAGCAAGUUACUUUUGAACUCCAAGCAGAAUAACAAGAACACAUCCUGUUCCCCAAUUGUUAGAAUGCCAAGGAGUAGCAUACUUGACAGAGUACAGAAUUUUCUGCCUCAAAUGGCUCAAGCUAAUGAGAAUCUCAGCAGGGAAAUUGAAUCCUCUCCAGCUAGAGCCUUUGACAUAGAAAACAUUGAGAAAGAGGAAAAGAUAAUAGAAAUGUGGUUCAGUGGGCACUCUCUCUGCUACUUCAAGCUUUUGACCUUCGUCAAUGGAACAGGAAUUUUUGGUGAAAAGUUUCUCACAAAUAUAGCCUUGGUUGAAUUGAGUAGCUCUGAAUCAAGUGAAGAUGAGGAGAAAACCAGUUCAGAUGAAAGCUCUGACAGUGAUCCAGAUGGAGAAGUGACUGAACACAACAUUAGAUUGAGUCAAAAAGUGAAGAAAGGCAAAAUAGAAGUGUUGCCUCCAAAGUCCUAAUUAUUUGUUCAGAGUAAAUGAAUCUUAUUCUGCACAUCACUGCCAUGUAUUUCUGGCUCAUGGUUCCAAGCACUGUGGCUGUAUGGAAACUGUUGCUUCAGAGAACUCUGUAUGAGGGAGAAUUCUUAUGAAUGUCUCUAACCGAUGGUGGGAAUGUCCCAAAGUGUGUAUUUUCUAUCAGUACUGUAAAUUGUUAUUAAAGUGGACCUGUCGCCUGUACACAUUGUAGACAUCUAUUUUGUCAUGUGAACUAAUAUUUGUGUGUAGCCAAUCAAAUCUCUAGCAGCCAGUACCUGUAGAGUAUAAGCCAACCCUCAUGAAUAUCAGACUACCAGUAACUCCUGUUAUGUCUCUGGUCCCUUGCAAACUGGUUCAGCUGACAGACUGUAUGCUUCCACUGUGUGUAGGUGACAGGUAACAACUUUUCUUACCAUUUCUCAAUUGAAAUGACUGUAUGCUUUUUAUAAAAGCACAACCAAUUUAAACUUUUAUAUUUUACACUUCAUUAUUCAGAUUAAAUGCAUUAUUUUUCCCAUAUUUGCAAGUUUGGAUAGCUAAAAUAAAAUACACCUACAGAUGUGUCCUCACACAUCAAUGCUGCAGUCACACCAAACAGCCCCUCUUGGGGGUGCCAGGAUCCGUGAGACUCUGCUAGUGUCUGUUUUAUUUUUUUAUUUUGAAAAUGUGUCUAUGGGGGGUAUUCAGUUAGCUCCAGCAAUUUUGGAGCUAUUGAAUGUACCCCGCUGAGUAUUCAAUUGCGGGCUGUUUUUGCCAAUGCCAUUUCACUUUUUUUUUUUUUUUUAAAGCAUUGGCGAAAAAUGCCUCAAUUGGCGAAAACGGCACGUGUUUUCGCAGGUGAGAAAACCGUGGAUUUGUCAAUCCACAUGUUUGCACCUGCCGAGGUGAAAAAUGGCCCUGCUGUUGCAUAGGGUAAAUCCCCAUUCACCCUAAAAAAAAAUAGAAAAGUGCAGUUUUUUUUCGCCUAGGUGAAAAAAUGUUGCAUUGAAUACCCCCCUUAGUCGUAACGCGAUGUGGCUAGGAUGCAGCAGGGGACUGUGCUGAUUAAUUAGAUAUGACAGUUGUACCUCUCACGUGUGUGACUGAGUCUCUGAAUCUAAGACGUGCUACAAUGUAGCAGCUGCAGAUUUUAUCCAAUACAAGUUCUGUUCUGCUCCAUAUCAAAUUAGUCCGCACAGUCUCCUGGUGAUUCCUAGCCUAAACGCGUUGCAACUAAGAUGUAUUUUUGACAAAAAGAGAAAAAAAUGCCCAACGCUGGCAGCUCACUCGUGACAGGCAUCUCAUGUUGUGUGGUGUAUUGAGGCUGGAUGUUUGAGGACACAUCUGUAAGGUAUACAAUGCUACCAGAAAUAAACUAAUGUAUAUUUUGUUGUUCUUUAAAAUAUUGAUUUGGUAUAUUUUCUAAAAUAAGUUUAAUUUGUUCUUCACUGAUUAAAGUCUAUUUUUAAAAAGGA